UAAUAGAUGAAAUAAAUAGUGCUUUUUGCAUUUUUGGCAUGUGUUGUUCUGGCACAUAAUGAUAUUAAGCAUGUGCAAGAAUUACUUUUAGAACUGAAGGAUGAAAUACAUGAGCAAAUCGUAGCUUUAGAUGCUGAAUGGUUGUUAACAUAAAAAGUAUUGAUUAUUAAAUAUGAUAAAAGAUGAAACAAGCUAGUAUUUAAGCAUUAAGAUAAACAAAAGUUGAUUAAGAGGCUGAUUGUGAUAGAAGAGAUGAAAAUGUAAUCAAUAAAAAAACAGAAAUCUAAGAAAUGUCUGAUUUAAUUGCAUGGAUCCAACAUAGAAUUCACGUCAAUAAAAAUAGAAUUCAAACUAUUGAAGAUCUAUAAUGUAGACAAUCNAUACUAUAACAUAAGUAUAAGUAAAUAUAAAUUAAACAAUCAAUUAAAAUUCCAUUUCAGCAAUCAUAAUAUUCAUAGAUCUUCCUUUCUUUUUAAAUACUUCAACAUUUUGUUUAAUCUCUAGAUGAUUUUUAUAAAAAUUCCUUUGUUUUGUAACUCUCUAACAUAUAAUCUUUAAUUAUCAAUCUACUUAACUUAUUUGAGAUAUCAAAUUUAGAUUUUAAUUCAUACUUUAGAGUUAUAAUAAUAUUUUGGUUAAAAAAUAGUUUGAAUAUCUAUAACUGUUCUAACCAAACUGACUUAUAUAAUCUUGCUAAAUUGUCAGUUGUAAUUUUAAGUAAAGGAUUUAUAUCAUCUAAAUAUUAGCUACACCAAAAAAUUAUUAUUAUUAUAAUUCUUAAAAAAAAUUGA